CACACAUCCUCGCAUCGAAACGAGUCGUGUCCUGCGAGUCCUGUGAGUCCUGCGAGUCCUCAGCCUCUGCGAGCCAGGAUUCACUGCUCUUUGGGCAGCAACGCGACAACAAGUUGAACUCGGCUCGAGCGCAGCUACCAACGACCAUCAUCAUCAACUGGCCAAAAGCACCUGGCGCUAAUCCGUCGCUAUAAACACGACCGUUGAAAACAUAACCAAUUCCGAUUGCGAUUGCGAUCAAUUCGAAUCGAGUGAAUUUCCAGCAUUAAUGCAAUCGAACGCAAAGCAAAGCGGAGCGAAAGUAAAUAAAUAAAACGUAAAACUCAGCGGAAAGUAAUAAAAUAAGAGCGGACACGUCCCACGAAAACCCGGAGGAGGAAGCCAAAGUGUCAACAAGGACACUUUAAAGGAUAGAGAACACCGGUGAGGAGGAGUCGGGAGCAGAUUGUCCAGACCCCGAAGACAGUCGGUAGCGAAUUCCCCGCUGGCGAGCAAUUGAGCAAUUGUGCAAAAUGGAUGCGCUACGCUUCCGUGGUUCACCAUUCGCCCGCUUUACGGGCCAGUCGACCGGACCGGGCCAUCCCCGUCCGCCGCCACACCCACAACAUCCGCAACGCCCACAGGCGGCGGGAACACACGGCAUCAGUGCCCCGGAGCCGCUGAUCGUUGUGGAGGAGUCCAAUCUGCCGGAGGAGCAGGAGGACAGCUCUGAGCCGACGGUCUCGAAUCGCGGCAGCCUGGACAUCGACUCGCCCGUGAAUCCGUAUCUACUCUCGCCAUGGCGGGAUCCACGCGAGGCCAGAAAGCAUUCGCUGCCCUCGCAGCAGGUGACCGACGGCAUCACGGCCAGCCAGGUGCGCCGGCUCUCGGAGCGAGGCGGCGAGGGAUCGGGGCCCACACCGAAGGAGGCCGCCUUUUUGGCCACUUUGUCGCAGGCUCCGGCGCCGACCGGACGUCGCCACUCGGUGGUGACCAUCUCGAAGGUGCCCACCACACUAUUUGGACGCUCGCGUCGCGAAUCCGUGGCCGCGUAUCCCAACAGCAAUGGGAGCAGUCGGGUGCUGAAUUCCCGCCGGGAGAGCAACACAGGUCCCCCAUCGACAGACCCCAUCGGCAGCAUUCACAAUCUGCAGCUGGACAUCAUGGACGACAUCUACUUGCAGUCGCGCAAGGCCCGCUUGAAGCUUUGGACAUCCUCCAACGAGAAGGUGUGCGAGGUGCAGACCGUCGACGAGGCCGGCUCCGGCCAGCCGGGCCGACGAUUCACCAACCGUCGCUACUCGGAAUGCCCCCAGCCAGGAUUGGCCAGCUCCUUUCGCCGCGCCUCCGAGCUGCCGCCGUCGCAGCAGCAGCAGCAGCAGGCUCAGUCGCAGAGCUCGACUCGGGCCUCAACGCGUCGCAAGAAAUCGGGCAGUGGAACUGGACUAUUGGGCAGUCGUACGGACAUCGCCGGCAUAUUUAGCUCGUUGACCAGCUCGGCCAUGGAUAUGCACCGGCCGGAACCGGAAGGCCGGGAUGGCAGCUCAAGUGCUAGUUCUUCGGCAACGGCCACGGCCAGUAGCCCGUUUCUCAGCCAGACCUUUCAGGCGGCCGCUCGUGGGCGUGCUACCAGCGCCACGCCCACACCAACAACCCACAGCGGUUCACUGGCGGUGGGCGGUGGAGGUGGCGUAGGCGGUGGAGGAUCUGGAACCACUGGCGGCCUACUCGAUCCCAAUGCCGGUAGGUCGACACGAUCCAAUAGCUUCGAUGUGUCCCUGCUGAACAACGCCAAGCAGCUGGUGAGCGAUGUCCAGGACAAUGGAUCGGCCACGCUGUCCGGUUGGUUUGCCAAGCGGCACACGCCGUUGGCGCGCAAGAAGAGCGUGCGGAGCAAGAGUUCGGCGGUGGCGCUGUCCAAGGAUGUGCUGGAGCGGCUGCAGAAGAAGGAUCCGCUAGGUGGUGACUCUGGCAAGCCGAAAUUGAAGCCAAGGAGCAAACAGAAGACCUGGGCGGAGUCCACCAAGGCGACGGUGGAUGCCACCAUUCUGGGCACGGCCAUCGAGGGUUUCCUGCGAAAGAGCUCCAACGCCAGCAUGGGCGGAUCCGGAGCUGGGUCGUCCGGCGGCGGUGCCUCCACAUCGGCAGCGUCUCGCGGUGCCACGCCCAAGGCGGGCAAGGAUUCGGGCAGCGCCAGCGGCAGUCCCGCCCAUGGCGCCCGGCGGAGUCGACCAUCCGCCAGCAGCUCUGCUCAAUCGCAGGCCGGCCGGGCAGUCCGCUCCACGCUCAAUUGGUUCGGCAAGGCCGACGAGGACGACUCCAAGGACACGUGCGACGCCUCGCUCUGCGCCACGCUCAAGGACCUCUUCGUCAAAUAGGUCGGGGGGCGCAGAGGCAAGUAAAGCAAUGGGCCGAGUUCCCGGCUAGAGCAGCACACCGCCAGCUACUUGCACCUCUGAGAUCCGAAAAUCCUUAUCGAAAACCAAAAACGAAAUAAAUCGAACGACGUUGAAGUUGAAGUAGAAGGCUUACACAAACAAGUGAACAAUAAGCGCAGCAGCAGUAAUCACCAUUGAAUCCAUCACAUAACACAGCAACAGCAGAGGCUUAAUGACAAAUUAAAAGCAUAGCAACGUCUGUCUUUCGGGCGAAAGGAGAUGCACAUAAUUCACCGAAAUCAAUAAUAUAAUCACAGCACUUACAUAACUCACAAACAAUAUAAUAAUAAUUGACAGCACAGGCUUCACACAAAACACGUCCAUUGAAUCAAACACUGAGAACAUUGCAUGCAAAGGGCGACGACAGUAAGAUUAAUCUGUCGUCACCGGGACAUGUUAACUGAAUGAGAUAUCGAUACCUGACGGUUAAUCCGGUUGGUGUACAACAAACAGUACACGAGCACAAAAUGAAGGAUCAAAUGGAGGAAAUAGAACUUAUCAGCAAUACGCAGUGACAUACAUACAUAUCCCUAUAAAAUACCACUAACCAUAACGCAGAAUUGCAAUCGAAGCACCGAUAACAGAUAGCACUGAAAUCCGAUUAACGGUGAACAAUAAGAGUACAAGAGAGCAACUUUUAACGGUACAAGUAACUUUACGCAUAACGGUAAUGGUAAGUGAGAAGAAGCGAAGACGAAACGAUAAGCGAUAUGCAGUGAUCGAUAGGCAGAUAGUUAAGCGAUAACCGAUAGAGUUUAAGGCAACGCUGCAGGGGAGUCAGGGAAAUGGAAUCAGAUAUCAGGAAUCGGUGGACACAACACCUCAUCCCAUUUUACCUACGCAACAAGGUCGACGGGAUAGACCUCUUAUAGCUAAAGAUACAGAUAAAAGAUAAAUUCAUAUAUAUAUAUACACACAUAUAUAUAUGUAUAUAUUCUCAUACAUUUGCAUACCAUUUGUAAUCGAUGAAGGGGGGGCGAGAAGAAGGAGUACAAAACUCGGGGAGUUUGGAGGGCAGAGAAUAUACCACAUAUUUUUCUACGUGCAGAGCAAUUUAAGCAGGUCCCACUGCGGGAGUAAGUCACUGGGAUAAAGAAGUAAAGGAGAACUUGUUGAUGCAUUGCCAAUAUGGCAAUGGAGCCAUGUAGCAUGUCUACAUACAUACAUACAUGCAUAUGUAUAUUGAGAGUUUUUUUUUUUUUUUUUGGGUGGCCAUGCAUGUUCAUGCAUGCACAGCGGAGGAAUACACCGACAUAUUGAAUGUAUUUAUGAGGCAACCGUGGCAGAUGCACAAAUCGGUCCUUGUAUAUCGAGUAGCAAACAAUCGGGCGAAUCAGUGCAAAAUACGAUGCUCCAGCGGUUGCCACAACCAUUUCACAACAAAUACAUAUGAACACAAUGAAAUCAGCAUGACUACGUGCAUAUAAAGACGUUACAAUAUACGAAUAUACAUAUUUAUCUACGGUGAAUAAGAAGUAAAUGUCUACAGACUCAAGAGUUUUAAUCAAUGUAAACCACACAAUAAAUGUAAUUUGUAUGUACAAUCUGAGCUUACUCGAGGCAAAAAUCAGAAAUCACAAUUCGCAAUUCGCAAAAUCGCAAAAUCGCAAAUCACAACACAAACAGCAAAUGCCAAACUAAAUCGAGUCGAGCUGAAUUGAAUUGAAUUGAAUUGAAAAUCGAAUAUAAAUUAAUGUUCGCGUUGAAUAUUUAAUGUUAAACGUAAAAUAAUACGCAGGCAGCGGCAGCAGAAAAGCUGAAAAGUGCCAGUUGGGGUAGGAAGUUUUCCAUGAAGAAGUUUGAAAAUCAAUUAACGAAGAAAUUCAAAUUGGAAAUUCGCAAUUGCAGUAUUGGUGUGAGACAGCCAAAGAGAAAGAGAAAGAUAGAGAGAGAGAGAGAUAGAGAUAGAGAGAAAGGGAGAGAUAGAGUAGAGUAGGACAAACAAGCAAGCAAACAAACAAACCAACAAACAAUCAGUCAAUAUUGCAAUCAAUCAAGUGUGCUACUAUAUGCGGCAUUUGGCUUUGUCAAUUUGUCAAUUUGAUCAAGAGGGGCAGCAGCCGAUGGCACUGAUGAUAUGGGCAUAUGGAUGCGGAUUUAAGGAUAUUGAACUGCAAUGUAGUGACGAAACUACUCAAUAUAACAAACACACAAUACUCGUAUAUAUUAUCCAUCUAUCCAGAAUUGUAUCUCAAUGUGCCCGACAAAUGUGUUUUAGACUUCGAUUUCCAUGUGCGUGUCUCAAGGAGGUAACCCAAAGUUAACUUUCACUUUCAGUGUGUUAUAUAGUGCUUAAGAGCCGCAGAUUUACUUAAAUACUGAUCUAUAUCUAUACAAGCAUAUGCAUAUACAAUACCUACACGUAACGACAAAUAUAUACAUACCGUACAUAUAUAUAUAUUUCAACUAUUUACAAGUGCGAUCCUUCUUGGUCGCAGCUAACCAAAGUUGUCCACGUUUUGCUCAUCAUCCUAACUGUUGUUCUAUAUCGUUGCUAUUACCGAUCUACACUAUGUAACAAUAAAUGUGUACAAAAACGGGCGGGGCAUAAGAGGGGCAUCUGGGGAGCAUCUGGAUGGAACGCAGAGCUCCAGGCAGGUGCCGCGUAGCAGGCCAAAGAAACUCUCAAGUUCUAUUUGUCCUAUUUUUGAUAGUUGUAUAUACAAUAUAUAUACUACAUAUAUGUAUGUACCGCAUAUACAAUACGUGUAAUACCAUACAUACACGAAUACUAAUAUGGAUGCAAUUUUUUUCGAUUGAUUUAGCAUUGAAUGUGCAUAGAUUUUAUGACUACAAACAUAUUCGUAUAUACAUAUGUGUAUGUGACCCUAUCAAGAUGAUAAUAAUGCAUCCGAGGAAUACAACCCAUGAAUAAUCAGUCGCGAAAUCGAAAGCUAUUGAAUUUCCAUAGAUGGAACUUAAUCCGCCACUGAUUAUUUUCACGGGAUGUCAUUGUCUUUGUUAUUGACGUUGUUGAUGUCGUGCAAUUGUAAUUACCGUUGUUCAAUUGUUGUUAAUGUUUAUCCACAUGUCUGUUUGUGUGUGUGUAAGACAAGCAAGCGGUUACCACCGACUACAGUACUUUAGUAGUGUAAACUGGCAACUGGCGCCCAACGCAGAAUUAUAUUCAAUACCCACACAACUCUCUUAGUGUGCGGUAGUCGGGAUUAUAGCGAUACGAAUAUAUGUAUGUAUAUCCAAUGGUGUGUGUACUUCGAUUCGAGCGAUCUAUGAUUUCAAUGUUAGGCGGUACGUUUUCUUUUCGGGCUUUAUCUGGGUUCACAGCACCCAGGGGGGAAAAGUGGGCAAAACUACGCAUAAUCUAGUGAGUAACGAGGCAAUGGAGGAGCGUUGAAGGAGCAGCGGCAGAAUGGCGCAAAAUAUUGUAGCUGACAUGCAUAUAUAACUAAGAUAUAUAUCUGUGUAAAUAACGGAAGGAGCGUUGGGAAUACGUUUGUACAUAAUUAUGCGUACGCUAGCAAGGGGAUAGCGAGGCAAGUGGAGUGUUUUUUUUUUUUAAAGCCAAAAUCCAAAUGCAACCGAAUGUAAAACAAUCAAUUGAUGACACAUAAUGUAAAAGAAACCAAAAAUAAAAACAAUACAGCUAAUUAAAUGGCGAUUGAGGGAACGAUAAAUCGGUCGGCAGGCAUAUGUACAUACAUAUGUAUGUGUGCUCUUUAUAAGCCGGCAUUUCGAGGAGAAGCCGAGGAAAUUUGAGGACGUUGAAGAAUGUGCACCAGGCGAGUGUACUUUACCACACAUACAAUACCCAAUAUACAGCUAAAUAUACACCCAUAUACAUCUAUAUAUACAUAUGGC